UGCGCAACGGGUUCUUUGUUGAACUGCUGUGUUACCAGUACAGGCAUAUUUUAAUUUGGCCUGUAUGAUGCUCAAUAGCAUACCCUAAUGGAUUAUGUCUUGUAUGUAUUAGAUUCCGGGGGAUUGUACAAGAUUCACAGAUAAUAAUGAAUAUUAUUGAUGUUUUAUAUUGAUGUUUAUUUACCACAUGAAACGUUCUCUCUCUUUGCUCCAAUUUCUUCUUUUAUUCCACACAAAGCAGAGUUACAGCUGUAGCUAUUAUUCAAAACAUCCCAUUCAAACAUCAUUGACUGGCCGCACCAACAACAAUGGCAUUGACGCUUCAAUCAAAUUUCAUCUGCCUCUUAUUGUCCUGCAUCUUUGUAUCUGCUUCAGUUACCACGCCUCCCUGUUUUGGCUCUUUAUCAUGUCUUUGCUCUUCAUCGCUUCAGAUACUUGAGAUAUUGAUUGCCAAACAGCUUAACACAAAGACGAUGCCCCUUUCUCUAUAACAAUGGACACAGCCCCCCG